UAUUCCCCCAAGUCGCACCCCCAAAUCAGGCAGCCUUCCACCCCUGAUCCCAGCCGCUGCCGACCAACCAGCGGCAGUCGAUAACCCUCCACCGUCCCCGACCCUAGCCUCACCCUUCGCCGUCCCUGACCUCUACCGCACCCGGCUUCCUUCCCGACCACCUUGGCGGGCUAGGGUUUGACACCGCCGGCCCUCCUGGUCGUCCUCCGGUUGGUCGCUAGAGGAAACGGCUUCCACCCUCCUUCCAAAGCCUGUGAGCACGGAUGUGGCUCCUCCCACCAUUCCUUCCCCUCUCCUGCUUGGAGCCGCCUGUGACAACGGAUCUGGCUCUCCUCCACCAGCGGCGGAUGGGAUGGCGCGGAUCCACCUCUUCUCCACAAGCACCGGCUGAGACGACGUGGAUUCGCAUCUCCCCCUCCCUCCUUGCCAUGGCCGCCUUUAUCCGUUGCGCCCCCGCCUUGCAGCUCCGCUUCUGGACGGAGAUUUGGAGGAGUACCCGCCGCUCACGGUGGCUUCAAGCCUUGUUCCCAACUGGCCCUAGAGGCACACUGUUAUGGCUCAUUUAUAUACGGGGGUAGGGGGGCUUCAAGCCUUGUUCCCAACCCGCCGCUCACGGUGGCUUCAAGCCUUCUUCACUAAGGGUGCAAGCUCGACUGAUUCAACGGUCUACCUUGGUGUGAUGGCUCCCCGUCAACAACCAGGUUGACGAUGGCCUAUGCUAGCUUCAGUUUCUUACCCUGUUCCAGUCUGCUGGAAGUGUCUCUGCUGCCUCCCCAAGAUGCUGGAAGGUCACCUCCAUCGAUGCUCUCUCCGCCGCUUCCACAAGCCGCCAGACUGUACAGUUCUGCAAGGAAAAAGAAUGGAAAAGGAAUAGAAGAAGACAAUGCUGAAGCACAAGAGCAAGAGAGGCUAGCUAUACUUAAAGCAAGGAAUAGUGAUGAUUUUGAACGAUUUGGGUCCUUUACAUUCUCAAAUCUAAAAGAAGAUUUUGGAGGACGAGCCUGUCAGCGACAAAAUAAAAGAAAGAAGCAAACAAAUAUUGAUAUACUUGUCUUGAGCCGUGGAGCGUGAGGGUCCGUCAUCUCGCUAUGUCCAUACUCGAUAUCCUGUGUGCUACUUGCGUGUGGGCUGUUGGAGUGUUGGUGCUGUUCGGCAGAGAAUAAGAUAUUGGGUUGCUGAGCUGCGACGUGAGUACUAAUUUUUUAAAUAUUUUUGGAGGGUAGUCUAGAGCGUGUUGAAGCCCCCCUACUAGACUCGCCACUGGAUGAGAUACUUCUAUUCUUGUCAGCCUGCCUGAAUGCACGAGAGCCUAGCUGUUGCUCAAAGACCGAAUGCACAACCCACUGCAGCUCAGUCUAUGAGAACAGCAGACCAGCAAGCCUGAGAUGAUGUGUUUCCAAAAUAACUAAGUGUUGACUAAUGCCUUAGUACUACCAUGAUUCAAAUUUUGAGUUUUUUUCCUGUGUUUUUCUUUAAGCUGGUCCGCCCAACUAUUUUGUUGUAGCUCGGCCACUGAUCCAAAUUAAAUUCCAUCCCAUUCAAAUCCUAUAGCAAUUUCUUUGUAGGAUAGUUCUCUAUCAUUUAAAUCCUAUGUCACUCGUAAGAAUAAAUAAGCUUUAUACUAGUAUGUUGUAACUUGGCAUCCAAUCAAUGUAUAUUACCCAAAGAUAAUAAUAUCUUUCUGUGAACACUAGACACAAAUCUGAGCAGUAUAUACUCCAUUUGCAAAUCAAUUCCAUAUCCCUAAUCAUAGUUUUCACUAGUACGGAGUAAU